AUGGCUACCGACUACACCUUUCAAGGCUGGAUGGGUCUCGAUAAGGACUCGGCAAAGGGCAACAUGGUCUGGCAGAGUUACACUCCAAAGCCCUUCGACGAGACUGACGUCGACAUCAAAAUUACUCAUUGUGGAAUUUGCGGGAGCGAUUUACAUACCCUGCGCUCAGGAUGGGGUCCGACUCUCUACCCUGUCUGUGUGGGUCACGAGAUUGUCGGAGUCGCCGUGCGUGUCGGCUCAAAGGCGGAAAAUGGAAUCAAAGUAGGCGAUCGCGUGGGCGUGGGUGCCCAAAGCGGUUCUUGUCUUCGCCCGGACUGCGAUGAAUGCUCCCACGACCUAGAGAACUAUUGCCAAAUCAAACAGACGGGGACAUACAACUCGAAAUGGCCCGACGGGUCCAAAUCUUAUGGCGGGUAUGGCGAUUAUUGGCGCGGCCACUCCCACUUUGUCUUCAAGAUCCCCGACGGGUUGCCUAGCGAUAUCGCAGCACCCAUGCUCUGUGGCGGAAUCACUGCGUUCUCGCCAUUGACACAGCAUGGCGCCGGCCCUGGGAAGCGUGUGGGUAUCAUUGGGCUAGGCGGACUGGGUCAUUUUGGAGUCAUGGGCGCGAAAGCGCUGAAUGUGGACAAGCUCGUCGUGAUAUCCCGCACCUCGUCGAAGAAGGCCGAUGCAAUGAAGAUGGGUGCCGAUGCUUUCAUCGCCACCAACGAAGACAAGAACUGGGCACGCACGCACCGUCGGUCUCUGGACCUCAUCGUCUCCACGGUCUCGAGCGCAAACAUGCCUUUCCCGCAAUACCUCCAGCUCCUCCGUGUAGGUGGCACGUAUGUCCAGAUCGGCGCCCCCGAGGAUAACAUCCCAUCGUUCAAUGCCUUUGCACUCCUCUCCAGGAAGAUCAAAAUCACGGGGUCUGGAAUAGGCUCUCCCAAGGAGAUCAGGGAGAUGCUGGACCUGUUUGCACGGAAAAAGGUGUGGACGUGGAACAACAACUACCCGAUGAAGGAGGCCAACCGAGCCAUUGUGGAUAUGGAUGCGGGCAAGGCACGGUACAGGAUCGUGCUUGUGAACGAGGCGCAUGCCAAUGCAAGCCGACUAUGA